AUGGAACUGGCCUUUAAAGGUAAAUUGGGCUACAAUGCGAAACUUCUGAAACUUGUUCUGAUUAUGAUGCUGGUCGUCUGGACUGGUUCUGCUAUAGUAGUGUUUGGUAUAGUAUUUUUGGAGCUCAGUAUCUGGGGCAUGGAGGAUGUUUACUAUAAUAAUGUUGCCUGUGAGGGAGAAUGUAUUUUCUUUCAAAACAAAGCAUCGAGUACUGCGUCUUUGGUUCUCUCAUUCUACAUCCCAGGAGUAGGGAUGCUUAGCAUCUACCUAAAGAUUUUCCUAGUAGCACAGAGACAGGCACGCUCAAUUCAGGGUACAACCAAUCAGAACUCAGUAGGCAAAUCACAGAGGAAGGCCACCAAAACACUUGCUAUCAUUAUGGGUGUAUUUCUAUCAUUCUGGACACCCUUUUUUGUCAUCAACAGCAUUGAUCCUUUUAUUAAUUACUCUACCCCACCAGUUUUGUUUGAAACACUUGUAUGGAUUGGCUAUUUUAAUUCAGCUAUUAAUCCCAUGGUGUAUGCAUUCUUUUACAGUUGGUUCAGGAGGGCAUUUAGAAUUAUAAUUUCUGGUCAAAUAUUUCAACCUGACUCUUCAGAAAUACAAUUGUUUUUAGAAUAAGUACAGUGAGCUCCAAAAGUAUUGAGACAGUUUUGUUGUUUUGGCUCUGUAAUCCAGCACUUUGGAUUUGAAUUGUGAUUUCAUUUGAGGAUAUUUUGAUCCAUAUUGGGUGAAUUGUUUAGAAAUUACAGCUCUUUUGUACAUAAUCCCCCAUUUUACUAAAACAAAAGUAUUUGAGCGAAUUCACCUUUGUGUGGAUUAGAGUAGUAAAAA